GCGCGGGCCCCCGCGCUGCCCCACGCCGCGCCGCGCCGGCGCCGGGCGGCAGGAUGGGCUGUAUCCAAAGCAUCACCUGCAAGGCGCGGAUCCGGCGCGAGAACAUCGUGGUGUACGAUGUGUGCGCCACCAUCGACCAGUGCCCCACGCGCAUCGAGGAGACCUCGCCCAUCGUCCUGCGCUACAAGACCCCCUACUUCAAAGCCUCGGCCCGCGUGGUCAUGCCCCCCAUCCCCCGCCACGAGACCUGGGUGGUGGGCUGGAUCCAGGCGUGCAACCAGAUGGAGUUCUUCAACACCUACAGCGACCUGGGCAUGUCAAGCUGGGAACUACCUGACUUGAGGGAAGGGAGAGUAAAAGCCAUCAGUGAUUCAGAUGGGGUGAGCUACCCUUGGUACGGGAACACCACAGAAACUGUGACCCUGGUUGGUCCCACCAACAAGAUCUCCAGGUUCUCCGUCAGCAUGAAUGACAACUUCUACCCAAGUGUGACGUGGGCAGUGCCAGUGAGUGACAGCAAUGUGCCACUGCUCACAAGGAUCAAGAGGGACCAAAGUUUCACUACCUGGCUGGUGGCCAUGAAUACCACCACGAAGGAGAAGAUCAUUCUACAGACCAUCAAGUGGAGGAUGAGAGUGGACAUUGAGGUGGACCCUCUUCAGCUCUUGGGGCAACGGGCCCGGCUGGUGGGCAGGACUCAGCAGGAGCAGCCCCGGAUCCUGAGCCGGAUGGAACCCAUCCCCCCCAAUGCACUAGUGAAACCCAAUGCCAACGAUGCCCAGGUUCUCAUGUGGAGGCCCAAGCGAGGACCACCUCUGGUUGUGAUCCCUCCUAAGUAGAAGCAGACUGGCCUGUGUGUGGAGCACAUGACGCUAUGACAUGCAGUGAGGCUGCCAGGGGUGGCAGGAGCCAAACUGAGUUUCUGAGCCAAAGCAGACCACUUGGUUUGCCAGCAUUUGCAGCCACUUAUGAAGAGUAGGGCUGCUUCUUGGGUGGUAGAACCAUAAUCCUUAGGAAAAGUCCCUUCCUUUUAGGAAUAAAGAAAUCACUGAUUUGACAGACUUGCUGUGAUUACCAUGCAAGUAGCCAUAUUUUGGAGCUGACCAGGAUGAUUCUUUUAUCUGAACUACUGACCAUUUCUUUCCUGUGAGAUGCAGGGGAUGGAAACAAAAUUAAACAGUGCCUGUGGCAAAUGCUGCUUCCCAACCAAUUAGAAGUGGGAGUGAAAACAUCCACACCAGGUGUCACCUAGUAGGACAAGGCACGUCCAGCAAGCAGAACCACAUGGCAGAGACUAAAGAGGAGGAAAUGAGCCAUGGCUGGUGGUUCUAGAAGCUGAAGACCUGGACAGCUGAUUUCCCAUUAAAACGAGCGCUAUUCUCCCUGUCUCCUCGCCAUCCUCCCAUCCCGUGAGCUGUACCCCUCCUACCAAAGCACGGGUCAUGCAGCACUCCCCAUGGACUGGCUGGGCUGGGCUGGGCUCGGCCCUUGGCAGGCUGUGCUGAAGUGGGAGCUGUGUCUGCUGUAUCUUUUUGUGUGGAAAGAUUGGGUCCAUCCAGAUCUCAAGUCCAUCCCCGACCCUCUAAAGCGAAGCUGCCCAGGGAGGAAGAGCUGGUCAGCCUGGACUUCAGAUACCUAACAUGGCCCGGCCUUGGUUGCCAAACUCUUGCCUUCCCUCCCUACGCUUUUGGGUCUGAAACAGCGGGAAUGCAUACCUCCCCUUUUCCUCCCUUCUCCACAUGGGGGGCCAACGUGGAUACUCUCUUGAGAUUUCUCUGAUCCUUGGAGCUAGGGCCAAAGCAGUCCUGCUUCCCUGGCAUGACCAGGCUGGGUGUCUUCAGGUGACCAAGGGCAAAGUGUAUGUCAGCAGGAUUGAUGGGGGGAGGGGAGGGCCACCCUAAGAGGGCAAAACUGGUGUGCAUUAUUUUAUUUAUUGGUUUAUUGGUUGGCUUCCUUACUGGUUGAUUCAUUUAUGAAAUAUGUAUUUAUUAUACAGCAGAAAACCCACUCCCAUCUUUGAGGCGUCCAGCCCCAGAAUCUGUCUUCUUGGCCCCGUAGAGCACAGUGAGUGACUCCUCUCUGAAGCCACAGAAAAAACAGAGGGGGGAUUUCUCUCUCUCUGCCCAAAUACUUCCACCCCAACCAGAUUUUCAGCCAGAAGUGGGGUUAGAAACCACCAGCUCUAGUGAGACGAUAAAGCCAUACAAAUCAGCAGAGAGAAGGGUCAACUGUCCAAGUAGAAGGUCCCAGCAUCCCGCCCUCUCCUCCCCGUCACAGCAUAACCCCUCCCCUGCUCUGUGUGCGCGCGUGGCGGGGGGCAGUCAGCUGCAGCCUGGCCACCUCGGAUCUAGAUUUUUCCUUCUGCUCUGGUGCCACCUUCUGAAGGCCACAUGCACAUCAGAGAUGCCUGAGGAGCUUAAAAACCAUCCAUACCUGGUCCCCUCUCCAACUCAUUAUAGCAGAAUCUGGGGAUAGAGCCUGGGCAUGGGUGUUUUUAAAAGUACCCCCAGAUGAUCCUAAUGUGAGGCUAGGGUUGAGAAGCACUUCUAGUGUUUUUUCCCUUCAUCCCUCCCACCCAUCACAUCCUUCAUCCUCUAUUUCCGGAGCUUUCUGCCUUGCCAAGAAUGGGAGUGGCCACUGGGGAAUGAGGACUCUCUUCCCAUUUCUCCAGCCCCUCCUCCUCACUCAACCUUACCCAUCAGGUCAACCAACCUGAGUGGAUCCCUGGAGAGUUGGCAGGUCCCACCAUUCUGCACCCUGAGGCUGGUGCCUACACCCAGCCCGGGGGCUCUCAAAUGGUGUCCAGCUUUUCUAGGAAUAGAAACCCACUCCCCACCAGAUUCUCUUUCCAUCUGCCCCAGACUCCCCAGCUCCAAAGGUUUAAAGGGCACUUGGGUGACAUUUUUGUCUCCAAAUCCCAAUCCUGAUGGGAAGGCCCGUGCUGAGUCUUGAUAACCCAAGGCUUGGCUAUUUCUGCAGAGCCACCUGAAUUGAAUGAGGGUCGACUGGUAACAGAGGAAGGAGUCUCAUUACCCCAAGCCAGUUCUUUCCCCAACAGUUGUGAAGCAUCCAAAUCCCAAAUGGCUGAGAAGAGACAUCUCCCCCUUCACACUUUACAAGAUUUCCACUGAGUGUGAGUAAAUGCAUGUAUGAAUGGUGUGUAUGUGUGUGAUGUGCAUCAGCUGCAUACAAACCAUCGAGAUCCAUAGAGAUGUACCAUGUUCCUAAAUGGGCCUAGGUGAAUUCCAUAUUAGAUAUAUACACAAGAAUGUUGUAAUAUAUACAAAACUGUUACACACACACACACACACACACACACACACACACACACACACACACACAGUCCAGGGAAACCUGGGAUGUGGGAAGAGGUUUUUUUAGUACUUGAUCUCCCUCAUCUGAGUAAUUUCCUGGGGCUAGUACUAGUUCAUACACAUCCUCCAUUGCCCAGCCUGUCCCCUCCUGCAUUCCAUACCACCAAGCCUUCUUUCCCCAUUAGUCAGAAUGUCCCUGCCCUAUGUCCCAUCUCUCAGGGUCCUACUCUCUGAUAGGUGACAGACAGUUCAGUCAGUGGGUGCUAAAGAGUUGAGGGUUACCCCUCCCAGGUGACAUUCAUGUUUUAAUUGGGGCUACAGAUAAUGCCUUAAUCCGAAGGAGUGGCUCUAAUGGUGGGUAUCUCAGGCACAGCAGUGGGCCAGUAAGGGAGAUUAUUUUUUAUCAGGGGAGCUUUUUAGAGCCCUCCCCCAGCCAUACUUAUCUCUAAGAUCAACCCUUCAUAAGUACAUGAGCACAAGCAAGCACACUUACCUAUGUACACUUUCCAGAAUGUGGACACUCCUCCCUUAUACUGGCCCGAACUUUACAAAUGAAAAAAGAAAAAAAGAAGAAGAAGAAGAAAAAGAAGGAACAGCUAAAUUAAUUUAAACCUCACUGGGAAAUGUAGCCUGUAUUUCACUGGCUGCCAGCCACCUGGCCCACCCCACCCUGUUCCAUUUCCCUUCGGCUCCUUCUCUUUUCUGCUACCACCCCAUCAGUUAAUUUACUCAAAAGUGUCCUCUCUGUGCCCCCCCUCCCCCCAUGCCCUCCAACAGAUGUAUUUCCUUCCUUCACUGUUUCCCAUUUGGAAUUGUGCUGUUUUUCGGUGUUGUCUGGACAAAGAGCAGGUGAAAAGCAUGAGCAUGUGUGUAUCUCUUGGAAGAAAGAGAAACCAGGUAUUCUGCUGCAGUUUGGAGAAAAAGCCACCCAAGGAAGAGACGAAAGCUGGCUCUGCAGAGUGCCUUAAAAAUGACUUUAAUUAGGAAAUUCUGAGUCGUCAGUCUUUGGAUGUUACAUAAACUCAAACAGAUGUUGCAUUUCACUUCUCUGGGAUUAAAAAAAGUUAAAUACAGUAUGUAUUCAACAGCAACAAAGUAUCUUUUCUCUUUAAUUUGGUCAUUAAAGAUGCA